GGAUCACAUACUAGAAAGAGCACCCGAACCGAAAGAACCAAUUAAAUCGGGUCUCUUCUUUUCUCUGCUCUAAACAAGUCAGCUCUCAACAACUGUCCUUCUUAACAAUGGCUGCAUCUUCACACUCCUUAGCUUCUUCUGCUUUCUUCUCCACUAUAACUCCACCACGCAAAUUUUCUCUAACUCCUCGAUUUCCACUUCCUAAAUCUUCACUUUGCCGGAAAAUAGUCUCUAAUUAUGACUCUACCGUUGACCAGUCAAACUCCGGAAAGAAGCUUCUAGAUAGUAUUUUUGUGGCAUGCACUUCAGUUGCGUUGUCGUUUUCUCUAUUUUUGGCUGAUGUUGACUCUGCUUCGGCUUUUGUAGUCACUACACCAAGGAAAUUGCAGACCGAUGAACUUGCUACUGUUCGCCUAUUUCAGGAGAAUACACCUUCUGUUGUGUACAUUACUAAUCUCGCUUCCAGGCAGGAUAUGUUCACACUGGAUAUAUUUGAGGUGCCUCAAGGGUCGGGGUCAGGCUUCGUCUGGGAUAAAGACGGUCACAUUGUCACUAAUUAUCAUGUGAUUCGAGGUGCCUCUGAUCUCAGAGUGACUCUUGCUGACCAAACUACUUAUGAUGCAAAAGUUGUUGGAUUUGACCAAGAUAAAGAUGUUGCUGUGUUGCUUGUUGAUGCACCAAAAGACAAGAUGCGACCUAUACCAAUUGGGGUAUCCGCUGACUUGCUCGUCGGUCAAAAAGUAUUUGCUAUUGGAAAUCCUUUUGGACUUGAUCAUACACUCACCACUGGUGUUAUCAGUGGCCUUAGGAGAGAAAUCAAUUCUGCAGCUACUGGCCGUCCAAUCCAGGAUGUUAUUCAGACAGAUGCAGCAAUCAAUCCUGGUAACAGUGGAGGGCCACUUCUAGAUAGUUCUGGAAACCUUAUUGGAAUAAAUACUGCUAUAUAUUCUCCUUCUGGUGCAUCAUCGGGUGUUGGAUUUUCGAUCCCAGUUGAUACUGUUAGUGGCAUUGUUGAUCAGUUGGUAAAGUUUGGGAAAGUCACAAGGCCAAUUUUGGGCAUAAAGUUUGCACCCGAUCAGUCCGUUGAGCAACUGGGAGUCAGUGGAGUACUUGUCUUGGAUGCUCCUCCAAACGGUCCAGCAGGCAAAGCAGGUCUUCUACCUACUAAACGUGAUUCCUAUGGGAGACUUAUUUUAGGUGAUAUAAUUACAUCUAUAAAUGGAAAGAAGGUCACUAAUGGCACUGACUUGUACAGAAUUCUUGACCAGUGCAAAGUGGGAGAAAAGGUGACCGUGGAAGUGCUGCGUGGGGAUCACAAAGAGAAGAUCCCUGUACUUCUGGAACCAAAGCCUGAAGAAACCUAGUGCCUCAGUGGAUAAUAGUAUGUGUUGAUAUCAUGAUAUGCAUAUCUUGGCGAACAUGCCCAUACUAUUAUUGUGUAUCAAUUGUUUCACAAUAUUGAAUGGUGUAUAUAUAAAAACUCCACUUAAACUA